GUUUGUUUAACAUCCGGUCUUUUCCAGUCGCACUUCUCCUUUAAGCAGAGAAAAAGCCCCGUCCAUGACGUCAGCAGUAAAACCUGCUCUAUCCGUUGGCCGCUGAACGUAGUUUGGCGUGUUACCGCUGCUGCUGUUCGACUUUUCCCUCUCUUCCUUUACUGUCGACGCAUGAUUUCGCCGUGUUAUAUCUUCAGUCGUCAGGGUUGGUGGCCUCGAUUUCAAAAGCCAACCCUGUUGCCAAUGUAUGGGGUGUUUCAGAGAAGUUUCUAAACUGCUGUUUGAGGAACCGGUGAACGGCAGAGAUGGAUAAGCUAACCGUGAGCUGACUUGUUAGCCGUGAAUCCGAGGUCAAGAAUAGGCUCGAGCUAGAAUGCUAACAGCAAGCUAAGUUAGCAGUUUGUCGGAGAAGGCACUGUUUUUACCCGAAGGUUGAAAGUACUUUGGUUUUUUAUUUUUUCAUCGGACCUGGCAGCUUCUCCUUGAGUACUUUAGCUAACCCCCAGAGGAGUAGACGCUGCUUGUGGUACAAGAAAGAACCCUAGGAUUGUUUUUAAGAGGUGGCUGUUGUACAUCUCAGCGCAGACCAGCAAGAGCAUGUUCUCUAACGCACAGAACCAACCACUGUUUCCAAACCCGGCAGGGCAGCAGAACUCUGCCGGGCAACAAAAUCCAACAGGCCAGUUCCUCCCUUUUAAUGCCAGACCCGCUUUACAGAUCAAGAAGAACGCAAUAACAGACGAAUAUAAGGUGACCAACCAAGUUCUAGGACUGGGAAUCAAUGGCAAGGUGCUCGAAAUCUUUCAAAAGAAAACUGGAGACAAAUACGCACUGAAGAUGCUGCAGGAUUGUUCCAAGGCUCGUAGAGAAGUAGAGCUCCACUGGAGGGCUUCACCGUGUGCCAACAUUGUACGCAUCAUUGAUGUCUACGAGAACCUUUAUCAGACUCGGAAAUGUUUGCUGAUUGUCAUGGAGUGUAUGGACGGUGGAGAGCUCUUUAGUCGUAUCCAGGAUAGAGGUGACCAGGCUUUUACAGAGAGAGAGGCGUCUGAUAUUAUGAAAAACAUAGGCGAAGCCAUACAAUAUCUCCAUUCAGUCAACAUUGCACACAGAGACGUCAAGCCGGAGAAUUUACUGUAUUCCACACAGAGGUCCAGUGCUCUGCUCAAACUGACAGACUUUGGCUUUGCGAAGGAAACCACCUCACACAACUCACUAGCUACUCCCUGCUACACGCCCUACUACGUCGCUCCAGAGGUUCUGGGUCCUGAAAAAUAUGACAAGUCAUGUGACAUGUGGUCACUGGGCGUCAUUAUGUAUAUCUUGUUGUGUGGUUACCCUCCCUUUUAUUCCAACCACGGUCUAGCCAUCUCUCCUGGGAUGAAGAAGAGGAUAAAGAUGGGCCAGUAUGAGUUCCCUAACCCUGAAUGGUCUGAUGUGUCAGAAGAAGCUAAACAACUGAUUAGAACGCUCCUCAAGACGGAGCCAACCCAAAGGAUGACAAUUACAGAGUUUAUGAAUCAUCCAUGGAUUAAUCAAUCAAUGGAGGUUCCUCAGACCCCACUUCACACUAGCCGUGUCCUCAAGGAGGAAAAAGAUACAUGGGAAGACGUCAAGGAGGAAAUGACCAGCGCACUGGCCACGAUGAGGGUCGACUACGAGCAGAUCAAGAUCAAGACGAUUGAGGACUCCAGCAAUCCGCUGCUAACGAAGCGGAGGAAGAAAGCCAGUAGCGCAAACCCCCAGUCUGCCGCACACUGAGAGACACGCGUGUGCAUGCAUGCACAAACGGAAAAAACACAGAGGGGAGUGUGUUGAUCUGUGUUUGUGCUCCACAGAAGAGAUUAGAAGGAGAGGAGGCGGAGUCAGUGGGACUUCUCACCUGUCCUUCCCCACAUAUCAGGUCGUCUGCUCAGAAGGGCUUGAAUGUUUGAUCAGGACGUGAAGCCUUAGCAUUAGCGGUAGUUGUUACCCCACAGCCAUGUACUAGCUCUAGCCCCACACCUGUGAAUGUUAAAUGAAAUGGCUAUA